AUGACUGAUAGCGCCAACGACCAUACAUUAGCCGUAGAAACGAUUGACUUAACUUAUAAGUUCCCUUCAAACCAAAAAAUUGGAUUACAGGAUGUUAACCUUCAAAUCCCAUGGGGGUCAACUAAUUUACUUAUCGGACAAAAUGGUGCUGGGAAAUCUACUUUAUUAAAGAUCUUAGCAGGUAAGACAUUAAUUAAGCAAGGUAAACUAAAACUAGGAGGAUUUGAUCCAUUUGAUUUUUCAAAAGAGAGGAACGAAAGACAGAAUUCUGAUGUCAAUAAUUUAAUUACUUACUUAGGUACGGAAUGGGCAGCCAAUCCAGUUGUUAAAAGAGAUAUCCCUGUCAACUUAUUAGUUUCCUCGAUUGGCGGAGGAACUUAUCCAGAAAGGAGAGACGAAUUGAUUAGAAUUAUGGAUAUCGAUCCUGAAUGGUCAAUGGCAUAUAUUUCCGAUGGUGAGAGAAGAAGGGUCCAAUUAGUGAUGGGUUUAUUGAAGCCAUGGAAAUUAUUAUUAUUAGAUGAGGUGACAGUUGACUUAGACGUGGUCGUUAGACAAGAUUUACUUAAUUUUUUGAAGAAAGAAUGCAGACUCCGUAAUUGUUGUGUAAUAUAUGCUACACAUAUUUUUGACGGAUUAGGCAAACAUUGGUGUGAUAGACUUAUUCAUUUAAACGAGGGAAUGAAGGUGAACGAUAUAAACAUGAAAGAUAUAGAAUUUGUAUCAAAAAACGAGCAACUGGACAAGGUUAAUGACAAAGCGAUACAAGUGGAAUUAGCAGAAUCAUUGCAUCCUUUGGCAUUGCAUUGGCUAAGGGAUGACUUAAGGAAAAGAGGGUCAAGAGAAGAAGAGAAGAUUAAAAUGGCCAAAAGACAAGAAGAAUGGAAUAAUGCAAGAGAUGAUACUUAUUUUGAUGCCAAGGAAUCAAAAUUAAAGGAUUACUUCAAGGCAACUAGAAGUGCUAAAUAA